AUGAAGAUUGUGAUGCUGGGCCAGAUUCCAAACACGGAUCUAUACAGAAGUUUAUCUGACUACAAAGCAGCAGCAGAGAUUGAAGGUGUGAAAAUCUUCCAGUGUUGUUCCUCCAUCUCCUUUGCAAAUAUGAGACAUUUCAAAGGCUACUUGUUACAUAAGAUGGAUGUGAAAGCAGUGCCCCUGGAUGAAAAUGAAAUGAGAUCUUUAAUCUCAGUUAGUCUGUCUAGCACUGGAUUGGAGAGAAAGGAUUUGAAGUGUGCCUGUGUUUGUGAUCCACCUGAGCCAUUACCCAGG